UCAUUACUGUGUGUCUUUGAUAGCUACAUACUUACAUAAUAUUGGGUGUUCUCGUUGUCACUUGUCUGUUUAUCUUUUCUGACUUCUGAGUUUGACAAAAAAGAAACUGUAAACUUAAUAUUGAAAUUGUUGAAAAUAAUAAAUAAUUGUCAUUAAAUUUGAAGUCAAACAAUGGCUUUACCGGAAGCACAACCUGCAGAAGUUCUUCGCGCAUGGCAAAAGGAUGAUCUGUAUGAAAAACAACUAGCUGGCUCUUUAGCAAGACUUGUUCCACCACAACAUGCAUCUAAAGCUGUUCCUAUAUCUUCACUACUGUACAAGUCGUUUACAACUCUCAAAGACUUGCAAACACUCGGAGAAGAAUAUUCUGGAAUAGUUCAGGUGGACGAAACCUACCAUAAACUGCCAUCGUUCAGCAGCCGACUUCUAAGCAUUUUGCUUUCAGCAUUUGGUGAAAAUUUAACAAGGAGAUUGCUAAGUAACAUGGAAAAGCAAAUUGAACAUAAUGCGACAUUAAGACCCGAAGCACAGAAUAUAAUAUUAGUUGUUCUAAAAGCUUUGAAUAACAUAGUACCUCAAGUUGAAAGUAUACAUAGAGCAUUAUCUUACAUAACUGGGGGACCAUUGCAAAUUGGUAAAACUGUAACUGGAAUUAAUUAUGUCCAUGUGAGACCAGCGGCAGCUGCAUAUUACGCUCACUUAAGGUUGUUAGGCGUUGUGACUUUGUUACAUGCAUUCAUUUCUUGUGGACAAAGUUUUUACCAAGCUAAGAAACAUAUGGAUGAUAUGAGAGAAUUCCCAAAUGAAGUAGAUAGCAAUAAAUCAUGUAUAGCAUGUUUAGAAGAGAUAAUUCAACCAUGUGCAUUAAUAUGCGGACAUAUAUUUUGUAUGAGUUGUUGUUAUGGAGCUCUGGAAAGCUGUCCUUUAUGUCGAACUCCCUUCGCAAAGAACACAGUUGUGCCAUUGAUGAACUAUCGUCCAGGUAGUAUGUAAAGGUUAUGUUAGUAUAAUAUUUGGGCUCAAAGUCGAAUUUUAUAGGAUUGUGCAACUUGUUCAUAUAAGUAAUUUUACUAUGGGAAUGUAUAAUCUAUGCCAGAAGGCUGUAUGAGUAGAGGAGAAAUAUUUUUAAAUACAAAGAUGUAGAAAAGAAACACCAAAAAAAAAUAGCAAAUGAUCUAUGGAAAUUUGAUUAUUUAAGAAAUAUAUAGUUAUUUAAUAUA